ACGUCACUAGGGGAAAGGCUGGUGGGGGGCUGACAGUGAAGAAAAGAAAUGGCGAUGCUCGGAGGAUUUAGCUCUGCACAACAUAAGAAAAAUGCCUCGGACGGGAGUAGCGACGUGUCGGAAUUCCUCUGUCCCGUGUGUCUGGAAAUUUUCGAGAGCCCCGUAACAACACAGUGCGGUCAUACGUUCUGCCACAGUUGUUUGCAGGAGUGUUUGCGUCCACAGAAGCCUGUCUGUGCUGUAUGUCGGUCUGCACUGGGCAACUGUGCUAAAGCUGUAGAGCUAGAGGCUCUUAUCCAGUCAUCUGUGGCAGCCUGCAAAGGCUGUGGAGCACAGAUUGGCCUUUCUCAGAUGAGAAGUCAUACAGCAAACUGUUCAAAAUACCAGGAGUACAUCGAAGAAGGAGUGAGGACCACUGCCCAGAGUCAGCCUGCCAUUAUCAGUCCGGUGCCAAAUCGCUACACCUUCACCUGCCCUUAUUGUAACUGCCAGAACCUCGAUCAGGACGGCCUGGUUGAGCACUGCACUACCCAGCAUGCUCGAGAUACUCGCCAAGUGGUGUGUCCUAUCUGUGCCUCAAUGCCUUGGGGGGACCCGAAUUACAGGAGCGCUGACUUUUUCCAGCACCUGAAGAUUAGACACACCUUUUCAUAUGAUACUUUUGUUGAUUACUCCACAGACGAGCACACAAUGAUUCAAGAGGCUCUACAGCGCUCGCUGUUGGACAACUGAAGUGUGCAGAACAGUCCACCGGAGGAGGGAUCCAGUCAAGAGAUGUGAUCUUAUGUCUUGAGAAGACAGAGCGACUAACUGUAUCAUCAUUUAUCUACAUAAGGAUGGUACUAUAUCAGCGGUAUCAGCUUCACAGGGAAUUGGUAUUGUAACCAUAAAAGUAUAGGUUUAUUAUUCAGCAAUUAACCACACAAUAUGGUUAAAAAGCAUAUUGUACUGUCUGAUUUAGGAGUGAUAAUGUGUUUCCGGUGUAAUAAUCUCCUAUCUUCCCCCAGCCAAGCCUGUAGACUUAAUAGUUUGUUAAAUAUCUACUUAACUAUGUUUGUUAAGCUGUUCGUUUAUUGAUGACAUGUUGUCAUAUAGCCAAAACUUCCAAAGUUGUGAUGAAAUUUCCCUGUUGUCAAUACUUGAUGUUAUAAAAGGGUCCUACCACUAGGUGGCUAACUAUUGCCGGAAAAUGACCAACUUUACUCAGUGAAGUCAUCAAACAAUGUUAACAAUAUUAAAUGUACUCGAGAGUGAAUCUGCAUCUUGACUCUCAGGCGAGAGGGUUUUUCAUUUUGUUUCUUUAAGUUUAAUAGCAGAUUAAAGCUGUGUCUUUUUUAUGCUGUGUCUAGGUGAUGUAUGUUUGUGUGUGGGAGUGUGUGUUCAAUCUGUUCUGAGAUCUACUGGAAAGAAUAAAUAAUAUGAGGGUCAAACAGAGCCAGAGAUGGCCGUUUGCUUUAUUGUAAUGUUUCUCCCUUACAUCUUUGUGCCUGCUGGUAGAUCUUGUCUCUGACUUCCAAAAUUCAUAGGGCUAAAAGUUCAUCCAGUGAACCAAAAGAUACAAGCAGGAGACCAUCCGAGUGUCAGUGUUGGUCUGUACAGUUUUCACAAGCUGUUCGUUGAUUUGCAUGUUUGUGGCCAUAGGAGGGCAGCAGAGCUCCACCAUUUUUGGCACCCAUACCCACUGCUGACCCUCGCAGCUCCCUGCUUCUGUUGCAAGACAUACUUCAACACAGAUCUCAUCCUAUAAAUGUGUUUUUCUCAUUGUGCUCUAGCUAAGUUUUCAAUUGUGUUUUAUUCAAAUGUCUCAUGAAAAUGUCACUUUAAAAAAAAUUAGAGGGGUUAUUUGUCAUAGUUUUACACAAUAACCUCAAGUUUAUUUCUAGACAGUUGCAGAUGUGACAUAAAAUAAGAGUUAAAUUGUACAUUUGCUGUAGUGUGUUUUUCAUACCCAGUGUGUUGGUUCCAUCUCCACAAAAAUCUACAGUUGUUUUGCUGACCUUCAUAUUUUUUUUUUUAUUAUCACUGCUGAAAGUCACAAAAAAAAUCUAGUUAUUAUUUAAAUGCUUCCGAACCUGACAGCAUGUGAAGUUAUUAGUUAAUAACUAUACCCUGGAGUUUUACUGGAUGUGUUUAUUUCAAUUCUUCAAAUGUAAAUUGUGUGUCUGUUAUUUUUGCAUUACUGUUUUUGAUGAUAUGUAAUUAUCACAAAAUGAACCAUAUAUACAAAACGUCACACGCAGUUUGAUUGCAUUUAUGUCUUGUCUCCAACAGGUAAAUAAAACAUACACCCAGAUAAAGUAGCUCUACAGCAGAACCUUAAUGCCUUUUUAUGUAGUUCUUGUUGCUACUUAGACCUAGUUGUCUGUUUUCCUCUUCAGUAAAAAUGUAAUUAUUUUUGACUGUUCCUUAUGUAUAAUGACUUUUUUUUUUUUCCUUUCUCAAUACAUCUCUCAUUCUCUUUUGUCAGCCCUACUGUCAGUGGGUGCUAAAUCCUGAUAAAUUAAAGCUCUUUAAUUAUUUAAACCCUG